ACCAAUGGCGGCUCCCGUGUGGCACUUCCGGCGAUGUGGCGAUGGCGGCUCCCGGGGCUGCUCCGGGGCCGGGCCAGGUCCCGGCGCAGUGGCGAUGCCCCGCGCGGGCCUCAAGAAGUGGGGUGCUGCCGCCGGAUUACAGCGGAAUCACCUUCCCGGAGAAGCCGAAGCUGAAGUUCAUGGACAAAGUGCCGGCCGUGCCCAAGGUGCGGCGGGAGCCGCGGAUGCUCCGUGACAUCCGCGGGCCGUCCCGGGAGGCCACCGACUUCAUCCAGGGGCAGUACGGGAUCCUGGCUCUGGGCGGGGGGUACCUGCACUGGGGGCACUUUGAGAUGAUCCGCCUGACCAUCGGGCGCCACCUGGACCCCAAGUCCAUGUUCGCCGUGUGGCGCGUGCCCGCCCCGUACAAGCCGGUGACCCGGAAGAGCCUGGGCCACCGGAUGGGCGGCGGCAAGGGCCCCAUCGACCACUACGUGACGGCCGUGCGCAGCGGCAGGCUCGUCGUCGAGGUGGGCGGCCACUGCCACUUCGGGCAGGUCCGGCCUUUCCUCGCCCAGGUGGCCCAAAAGCUGCCCUUCCCGGCCGUGCCCGUGAGCCGGGAGAGCCUCCGGGAGAUGCGCCGGGAGGAGGAGGAGAAGAGGCUCAACAACCAGAACCCCUGGACUUUCGAGCGCGUCGUCACCUCCAACAUGCUGGGCAUGAGGAAGUACCUGAGCCCCUACGACCUGCGGCUCCAGGGCCGCUACUGGGGCAAGUUCUUCCUCAGGCACAGGGUGUGAGGGGCGCGGGCGGCGUUCCCACGGGAUUAAAGCGGCACGCCGGAGCCUG